GAGAGCAGGGCUGAGCCCGUCGACUGUCUGGAACGAGCACUUUUCAUUGGUUUUCUCUGACCCUGGAAGCUGCAAAUCUGCCUGUCUCGAAUGCAGCUUAUUGUGCGAACAGCCUUUUCAUCGCUUGCAUAGACAAGAAACCCGUAUUGAUACUGCACCCUCGCUGCAAGUCUCCGCAUUGAUUUCUCCCCCGGUCGCGAUCGAGCCCCAACCGCCACGAUGCCCAAGGACAAGGACCGUGCGAUGAACCCUGCCAUGGCGCAGCGGAAGCUGGAAAAACAAAAGACCCUCAAGAAAGGAAAGGCCGAGGCUGUGGCCCGCCGCAAUGAGAAGCUCGCGCGUCGCAACCCGGAGCGCAUCCAGCGCCAGAUCACCGAUCUCAAAGCCGUCGAAGAAUCAGGCCAGCCACUCCGCCCGCGUGACAAGCAGAUCCUGGAAGCUCUCGAGCGCGACCUCCGCGCGGUGUUGAAGGCGCGAGAAGCAUUAGGCGAGAAGGCACCCAAGUUUUCCUCUGGCGGCGGCGGCGGCGGCGACGGCGACGGGAUCCUCGGUAAGAGGCGGCGAGAGGGCAAUGACCGUCGCCACCAAAAACAGUACGACAGCGCAAGCAGCGACACAGACGAGAGCGUCCGGAGGAUACCCAUGCCGCGCGACACGCCGCCACCCAUUCCGCGACAGCAACAACGACGAGGAAGGGGACCACAAAGGCAGCAGCAGGGAGAAGAAGGCCAGCGCGGCGAGCAUGCCUUACCGGCACGACCUGCCGUGGAGGCCAAGACGGUAUAUGAAGCCGCGCCCGCGAUCCGCAACCUCCGCCAGGAAGCCGUGAGCAAGUUCGUCCCUGCGGCAGUGCGCAUGAAACAAGAGGCGAUCCGCGGCCAGGGGAAACUGCUCGAGCCUGAGGAAAUGGACCGCCUAGAACAGGCAGGGUACUCGGCUAGCACGGCGGCUGAUCACGGACAACAAGUGACGGCGAGCCAUGACGACGAUAAUGAUGCGGAUCACGAACAAAGACUACAGGAGGAGGAAAAUCGAUUCCAUCGGGAGCUCCGGACGGUGCAGAUCGAGGAAGUCGAGGAUGAGGAGGCCUAGACGCCGCCCCAAUCUACACCUCAUAUAUUGUACAUUACUUAAGACUCGAAAUUACAACUUGCCUUUGGUCGAAUAAUCCAAGCAUUGUCUACUUCUUGGGCCUUUUUGGGCGAAUACUCAACUAAUUAAGAGUCUAUGAUACCUGCCCCCAAAAAAAAGAAAGAAAACGCCAUUGACAGAAACGGCAGACGGCACCGGUCAAUUAAAAAGGGAAAUCCAUAAUCGGUAUUUCCAAGAGAGAGUAAGAAGGGCAAAAGAGAAAAAAAAUUUGGCUUGAAAUGGCGAGGAGAAGGGAAGCGUGCAGUAUGUCAAAAAGGGGAUGAGAGGAGGCAUUACGGCAUGACAA